AUGGUGAAGCUUCCGAGCAGUCAGGUUCGCCGGGUCGAUUCCGACGCUUCGUCAAUCAGCUGGGGCCUAGACUACCUGCAGGAAGAAAAGAUCACGCCUCUCACAUGGAUCGAGACCCCCGUAAUAUCCUCUGAUGAGGACACUGGCGAAGUAAAGCUGUUUGUCAGGCACAAUGCCAACACCAUCGAGCUGUUUUCCGACCUCUUCUUCGUUGCAAACCUCGAAACUUUUACGCAAACACACAGCAUCACCAACCUCAGUAGUCUGGCAGCAUAUCUCGGUUUUUUCGGUAUUAUCUGGUUCACAUGGUUCCAAAUCACACUACAUGAUGUGCGGUUCUCGAUUGACUCUGGAUACGAACGGAUGUGUAAGAUCCUGCAAUUCUUGCUAUUUGUGGGAUUCGCUUUGGUAGGGUCGUCGUUCAGUCCUGGAACUAAGGAGCACAACAAUGCGAGCUUCAAACUUCUCUGUAACAUCCUUUUCGCAAGCCGGCUCUUGAUGGUUGCACAGUAUUCGGUCGCGUUGCACUUUGUCCGAAAGAAAACAAAGGCCUUGACAUGGCCCCUCUCCCUUACCAUCACUCUUUUCAUCUUCUCCGGCGGAUCAUUCUACUCCAUGACGCCGGCUUUCGCUCCUGAAUCUGGGAACGGGCUUGGUAUCUACUACGUCUGGUACAUCAUUCUCGCCAUUGAGGCAGCAAUCACCCUAGGCAUCUCGUCAAUAUGGCGAAACAUGGGCUUCAAGCACACCCAUCUUACCGAGCGAAUGGGACUGUUUACGCUUGUCAUCAUCGGCGAGGGAGCCAUUGGUGCCACCAAGACAGUCGGUAAUCUCAUGAGUGAUACCGGCCUCAGACUUGACGCCUGUCUAGUUGUCGGCUGCAUAGUCUUCAUCUUGAUGUUUUGUUGGAUGCUCUACUUCGACAACCCCCCCGAAUGUAAAUUCGGUACCGUCCGUCAGCAAAUUUGGGCUGUUCUUCACUUUCCCUUUCAUCUCGGCAUGAUUGGUGUUGUUGAAGGUUCCCAACAGAUCGCUCUUGCCUGGCAGGUCAUGAGUCAAUUUGGCAGCUUUUUCAGCGAUAUCCGCAAAGCCUGCGUCUCACGAAACGAAGAUGGCCUGGCUCUGACCAACUCCACCAUAACAUCCUUCCAAAGCCUUCAGAUGCCGAAUAGUCUCGAGGUGCGGGAUAUGAUUCCUUUCGUCUACCAAGAGAUAUACAACCUGGGCAACAUGACGGGCUUGUGUUCCGCAGCAAACACCACUGGCGGAGACGAUCUCUUCUUGCCUUCUCCUUAUAAGAAACUGACGAGACGAGUGAUUGGUGUGCUAUUCAAGUCGUAUAACGGACUGAGCUCGUCGGAUGAGGCAGAUCCCGGGGAUAUUGCAGAGCCAGCAUACACUACAGUGUAUGUGUACUACUGGAGCUCUUUUCUGUUCGUCGUCGCCUUCUUUGGCGUGUUCAUCCUCAUUACCAGACACAAGGACCGGCCUCUCAACAUCUUUGACAAGGCGGCUGUUACAAGUAGAGGGCUGGCUUCUUUGCUGGCUAUUGGGCUAGCAGCUGGUGCGGCAUCGGACGAGUUUAUCUUCAAAUAUCUCAAGAGUGCUGCGACGCUGCCUACUGUUGCACUAAUAUUCCUAGCAAUCCUCGCUGUCGACAGGUACACGAAAUACCUCAGCGCCAACACUCUCAGGAGAAAUCUGACAGGGUUGAGUGACUUUGAGAGCUUACAAUCGGAUGCUCCGGUUGAUCAGAAGAGCUAA